AUGAAGUCAAAGCCAGUUAAGUUUGGGUUCACAACAGUAUAUGGGCUACAUACCAUCAAAGAUAGUAAACCUUUGUGGGAUAAGCUGAGGCGGAUUAAUAGCAAUCAACAAGGUCCCUGGCUGGCAAUGGGUGAUUUUAAUGCAGUACUUCAUGUAACAGAUAGACAGCAUGGAUCAGAAGUGCAGGACAUGGAAGUGAAAGACUUCAAGGAGUACAUGAUGGAUACAGGCAUGAAUGAACUACAAUCUGUGGGAAGGGGUUAUACAUGGACAAAUAACCAUACAUAUAGUAGGAUAGACAGGGGGCUGGUGAACACUGAGUGGAUGAUGACUAUGCCUAGCUUGAAAAUUCAGGUAUUAGAGCCACUAAUAUCUGACCAUUCUCCUCUGAAGCUGAUGAUCACACAGGGGCAUACAAAGAAAAGCAGACCAUUCAGAUUCUUUAAUUGUAUUGCUGAUCACCCUCUCUUUAUCCAACAAGUUGAAAAGGCUUGGAAUGAGGGAAAGGAAGCUGGUAAAAUACAAACAGUCUGGCAUAAACUAAAGAGAACUAAGGAGCUUGUCAAGGAUCUAAAUACAAAGCAUUACAAAGGACUGGAAGGAAAAAUUAAAGAGGCAAGGAAAGAGUUGCAAACAAUACAGGAAGACAUGAGCAAUAGAAUGCAAGACACUGAGCUAAUUGAGAAAGAGAAGAUAAUGAAGCAGGAAUUAGAAAAGUGGGUGAAGAUUGAGGAAAGUGUCUACAAACAGAAAACAAGGGUGCAAUGGCUGAAACUGGGAGACUCCAAUUCAUGA